AUGCUUUGUGGACUGGAUGAAAGUGCUUCUGAGAACUGGCAAGACCUGGUUUACGUCUCUCCUGGAAAUUCGACAGAAACCUCAUCGAACAGGCACACGGAUAAACUGGAUGACGAACACUCGACCGAAUCCUCUGGACAUUCUUUGUUUCCUUCAAUGGGUUCCUCGAAGUCCGCAGCUAUUGCUGGUGCACUCGUGCCCUGGGCCUUCUUGGGGAUAUAUGCCCGAAAUUGGUAUAUUGAGGCUGAUUUCGGUCCUGAGAUCGAUUCAAACCCCAUGUCGUUCCACUGCAGCUCAAGAAUUUGGUUACGACCCCCAAAUCCUCCCGAACCGGAUACAAUCUACUACUCAUACUGGAAUUCCCCGAACCCCUGCCAGGCAGUCGGCUCCAACCCCGCAGCUCUCUGCACUUUCUAUCCGAAUCUGGUUGAAAUGAAGCCUUCCAUUUGCCUGAAGGCCAGAGAGUUUCAGGAACCGCUGGUCAGCAUGAUUGGUGCUGAGAUCGGCCCUUUGAUGAUUGAGCAGAAUAUGGCCAUUCAUGUCAAUAUGAUGGUGGUCUGA